AUGAAGCUUCCAUCGCCAACCAUCACGAUCCUCGGCCAAGAUCCAAAUAGAAGCCAUAGAAUCAACGCCAAUUCCUUUCAGCAGAACGCAAUAACCGCUGUCAAGGGAUGGCAAUAUGCUGCAUUUUAUACAGCUGUUUUACCGGGCAAAAGUGGAUCUGGAUGUCGUGUUAACCUCGCCCGACGUCAACUCCCUCUCGAUCAAGUUGAGGCGAGUACCACUGAGUGGCAAGUCUUGACGUUUGAGGACUAUGAGCAAACUCGUGAUGAUGGACAUGAUACCAUAUCUAUUGGAGUUUGCGAAGGAGAUGGAACCAUCCAUGUCGCAUUUGAUCAUCACUGUGACCAACUGAAGUUCAGAAUGUCCAAAAUCGAUGUAGCGAGUAAUCCUUCUAGUCAUGUCUGGGUAACUUCGCUUUUCACGGAGACAAGGUCUUAUCUACCGGGAAUUGAAACAGGCGAUUUGUUGAAAGAAGUUACGUAUCCAAGAUUUGUGGCUAUUGGCAAGGAUCUGCUUUUCACGCACCGAACUGGCCAGGCAGGUCUUGGUUCAGAUCUACUGCACCGAUAUUCAUCAUCUUCCCAUCAGUACACAUUGAUUGGCCAGCACUUGAUGGGGGUAGCCAACAGUCCGUAUAUCAACGGCAUCGACUACAGGAAAGAUAGACUGCACAUCUCGUGGUGCUACCGCAAGUUCGUCAUCACUCAAAGCCCUGUAGUAACUCCACAUGUUCAUCAACAGCAAUCUGGGCCGAAUGGACCGGAGAAUAACUAUGAUCUGUAUUAUGCAUUUUCUGAUGACCGGGGUGUGACGUGGAAGAAUUCCGAGGGAAGAGUGAUUGCUUGUAUGACGGGCGGUGAUGGUAUUGAGACCUCCUCGAUCAAGCCUGGUGUCGAUAUUGCAAGAGUGUACGAGAUCCCGAUGGGAAGUGGUAUUUUAAAUCAGGAGGGUCAAGCGGCGGAUUGGGAUGGUGGAUUCUGGGUUCUGAAUCGGGAGAAGGUGGGAGGUGAGGAGAGAUGGAUCGUGUAUUAUCGUAAUCCGGAAGGCACUUGGACGAGGAUGGUCAUUGACAGCGUUCCAGAACCUACGGAGACUGGCUCGAGGGGUAGUGUAUGUACUGACAGAAAGGGUGAUGUUUAUCUUGUAUUGCCAGGGAAUUCUGAUCCAAGUCUGAAUAUCAUGCGGGCGAGAAAGGAGGAGCAAUAUUCUAGGUUCGAGCCAGUAUGGAUGUUGGAUGGAUACGAUGGUGAGCCGUUGGUUGAUGUGCAGAGAUUGGAGACAUCUGAUGUUCUGUCGGUGUUCACAAGAACAAGUGCAGGUGUAGAUGGGAAAAGAGAUGUAGUUGUACUUGACUUACUAUUAACGGAGUUGUAG